CAUAUUGGGCAAAAGUGCAUUCAAACAUGUGUAUAUUGGGGAGGAAAUCACACUAAAAUGCUGACAAAUUUUCAUGAGGACUUGGAAAAAACAACGCUGAUGUGGAAAAUGUGGAGAACUGAACUUAAGAGUGGAGAAAUAAGAAACCAAACUGGAGAGAAACGACAUACAGCCUUCGCUUCCAAUGCAAAAAAUGAUGGAGAAUGAAACCUUUGCAUCGUUUGUCUUCUUUGGCACACUUUUGGUCGUAAAAAUGUAUGCCGUGGCUGUCAUUACAGGACAAGUGAGGCUCCGGAAAAAGGCAUUUGUCAAUCCUGAAGAUGCCCUGAGGCACGGAGGGCUACAGUACCACCGAGAAGAUCCUGAUGUGGAACGAUGCCGCAGGGCUCAUCUCAACGAUAUGGAGAACAUCUACCCUUUCCUGUUCCUUGGGGCGGUCUACUCCCUCCUGGAGCCAAACCCAACAGUGGCCCAGAUCCACUUCCUGCUCUUCUUCUUCGGCCGGAUCGUCCACACCACGGCCUACCUCCUGAAGCUGAGGGCCCCCACACGCUCAGUGGCCUACAGCGUGGCCCAGCUUCCCUGUGUCUCAAUGGCCCUACAGAUCCUCUUUGCAGUCGUAAAGUUCUGGUGAUGGUUUCAACCGCCGGGCCCUGACCUGUCUUGACACGGAUUGGGAAGGAGGUGGUCAGGUGGCGUUUUUCGAAAGAGAUGGAGGGGAACCUUUUUCUGUUUUCCUUUUUGCGGUGGUUUUGUGACACAUAUUCCUCCACUGGCACGGCAUUUCCUGGAGGGAGUCUUGGAUCAUCUCAUCUUCAAGCUGACCACAUUUCCUUGGAGGUCACUUGUGGGGGGGUCACCAUUCUGUGUUGGAGUCACAGGGGAUGCAAAGGUUCAGAACCACAAAUGAUCAAUAAAUUUAAAAACCCUCUUUGCAGGGAAGAAUGCAUGUUUGGUGGCAAGCUGUCUAUCCCAACAUGGCAUGACUUCACUUAAAGAGAGGAGUGGGGAGCCUGCGUCCUAGGGGCCAAAGGCGGCCCUGCAGCGCUCUCUACCUGACCUUUGGGACUCCCCCCAGGCCUUCCCCGGCCUGCAUCACACCCUCCUUGUGUGUUUUUUGCCUUUGAACUCUGAUCAAGCCUUUUCCUUCCUGGGAUGGCGGACAGAGAGGCAGGUCUGUGAGUCCGGGUAGAAACUGUACAGAGGCAAAAUUUACAUUCAGUGCUCCGCCCAUUUUUGCCUCUGGCCCUGCCCACCACUGACAUGUGGUCCUUGGAAGGGGAAUGCACCCUUGUGAGGCUGACAAAGGAUCCCCAUCUCUGACUGAAUGGGGGGAUAUCUAAGGUGUGGGCAAGCCCCAAAGGUGAUAAUUUCCAGAACUGGAGUCUGCUGGCUCUGCCACUUGGAUCUUGGAGAGGAGAUUUUUAAUGUUUAAUGUAUUUGUACGUUUUAUUUUGUACGUCGCCCAGAGUGGCUGCACAACCAGCCAGGUGGGCGACUAAUAAAUUUAAUAAUGAUAAUAAAAAACAAAUUCUAGGGUUUGAAUGAGGGAACUUUUUGCAUACAGUGCAGAUGCUCUGCCCCUAAGACAUGGGCUACACCCGUUAAUUUGCAUAGAUAGCUCCUGUGGGCACGUUUCCGCUUGGAAGAAGGGAAGUAGUGACCUAUGUAGAGCUGCGGCAGCCAACUUCCUAUGAGCUGGUGUAUCUAGGCACUUGCCGAGUAGGAAGUAGGGACGCUUCCGGCAUUUGAUUCCUAUGAAUUUCUCCAUGAACGGACCUGAUCCGUACCUCCUGCCCUGAAUGGGUGGGAUCUAAUGUUAGUCCUACUCAGAGUAGACCCACUGAAAUGUGAUGGCCAUGGCUAAGUUAGGCUCACUAAUUUGUAUGGGUGGUAUUCAGUGCUAGUCCUAUUCGGCGUGAACCCACUGAAGUUAACAGACGUGACUAAGGUGUAUUACUUUCAUUGGGUCUACUCUGAGGAGGGCUUAGUUGACGACACCCCUAAAUGCAUGGAUUGCAGCUUUCACCAACCUGGUUGCCCUCUGGAUGCAGUUGCUUUUCCAAGUCCCAUCAGCCCCCAGCCAGCAUGACCAACGGCCAGGGAUGAUGGGAGCACCCUCCAAGUCUUUUAGAGUACCAGGUGUGUAUGUAGGAGGUAGAGAUGGAAAGAUCUGUCCAUUUCGGUUCUCUCAGCUUCUCGUUUUUCCACUCUUACAUUCAGUUCUCCACAUUUCUUUAGCAAUUUGCAAUUUUUUUAAAAAAAAAUCCUCAUGAAAAUUCUUCAGUAUUUUAGUGCAAAUUUAUUGUAUGCAGUUUUGACUGACGAGCAACUUUUUGCAAGCCAUUUCUCCUCACAUUUUUGGUAUGUUAUUUUCAUGGAUAUAUUCGUUUUUAUACACACCCUCCCCAACAGAUGCAUUUUGGUAAAUGUCGGUUGGUUGGCACAGUGCAGUGCAAACAUUUGGAUACAUGUGAAUUUCGAAGGACGGCUGUGUUUGAGUUCUCAUAUUGUUUCGGAAAAGUGCGAAUUUGACAAAUGCGGCUUUGAAUGUGAGCUGAAUUGCUCCCCCAUACCUCGUAGGGAGAGAGGUGAUCCUGCUGUUGUUUACUUCUCAGGCCAUGCUGUAGUUCGUCCUUGGCACUGCAUUUGGGAAAUCAGGCACACAAAAUCCUUGCCUGUCUACUGGUAAGGCAGUCAUUGUGGGUUCAGAAUGAUAAGAUUAAAAGAUGAGGAAAUGACCUCUCCCUGAAAACUAUGCACGAUUGAGUAAAUGGAAUGCAGUGUGAACUAAGCCCUUGUAGGCUGAGCCCUGAAUAUAGAGUAAGCCCUGGUGCGCCCCGCCCAGUGGCUUUGCGGCUAGCGUGCAAGUGGCUGCACUGAAUACAAAUCACUGGUCUGCACUGAUCAGCAUAGGUUUUUAUUCUGUUUUCAAAGUGCAAAGGCCCUCUGUCUUGCACCUUCUGAGCCUCCCUCCGAGAGAUUAUGCAAGACCACGUCAAUAAUGCUGCUCACCUCAGGCAGGGUGAGGAAGCAUCAUCCAUUUUGAGAGAAUUGGUUUACCAUGUCUGUACAAUGGGUAGAUGGCCCCUUUGAUACCUUUUUUUGUUUGUUUGCACUGCCCACUCCAAAAGAAAUCGAGCUCAUGAACUUGCCAAGAAGUACAGGACUGUUUAGCUCUGACUGGGUUGGAUGUGUGCAGUCCAGGGCUGCUUCGAUUUCUGGGCCACAAUUGCAAGGAAAAGACUGGUUUUUGGUAGCCUUGUUUGGAUCCAGCCCUGAGGCGCAUUCUGGCAAAGUCUGCCAUCUGAACUUGGUGCAGCUUUGCUUUGUAUUGCAACAGUGCCCCUUGGUGGGAACAGGGGUCCAUAGCACUUUAUGCUGCUUAAUUGACUUUCUGAAUUAAAAUGCCAUCUAAAAUACGCUCACUUUGCCUCUGGCUGCCUUGGCAGCACCAUUCCUAUAUGGAUGUUUAUUUGGCCAUUAUUGAACCCAUCAGGGUGAUUCCGGGUUGCCACUCCUCAAUUCAUUUCUCCAGAUUUUUUUUAAGUCCUGAAAAUCCAUCAGCAUUUAAAUGUGGCUUUCUCCUAAGAGCCACAUUUUUGUCUGCAUUUUUGCCCAAAAUAUACAUUUUUGCAAGCAAAUUCCCCUAAUGUAAUAAUAUAUGCAUUUUUAUGCACACUUUAUCUAGUAUACGCAUUUUGACCACAUUACUUGCUUGGAGAACACAAGUGAAAAAAUCUAAAAAGUGCAGAUUUCAAAGGAUGAUUGUGUGGGAUUUUUUUUUCACAUGUCAUUUCAAGAAGUGCAAAUUAGGUAGAUUUAACUUUAAAUGCGACCUGAGCUGAAUUUCCCUCUGUCCCUAGUGGAAGCAAGGCUCCAUUGUUACAGAUAUCCACACUGUUCAGACGAAGACUAGGGGGCAGAGGUGCUUGCCACAUCCAGGAUGUGAGAUACAGAGAGCAUUACCUGUUGAAUUUCUGCUUCGUAUGCCGCUGUGGAAAGCACAAAAGCUUGCCUGGGAAAAGGUGAUACCUCCCCACUGUGCUGAGGGAUCCUUCAGAUGCAGAUGAGCUCCUUUUUUCUGUGAUGUGGUUCCAUAUCAUGGCUGCUCGGGAAAGGCAAGACUUCAGUAGCAUUGGAUGUAUUCAACAUUAGCCAUGCUCAGAAUAAGCUCACUGAAAUUAAUGUACAGGACUAUCUUAGAUCUAUUAAUUUCAGUGGGUCUAGUCUGAGUAGGACUAAUGUUUGAUGCAACCCAUCACAAGUUUGGUGGUCUUGAUUUACAAAUAUGGCCAGCUAUGAUUUUGCCUGACCAGACACGACUAGGUGUCCCAAAGACUUAACCAACGUAUGGGAUGUUCCUUGAUGGCUCUUGUCUUUUGAACUAUACUUUGGAGAGCGACACCCAUCAAUGCUUGGAAAGGGACGGAGACAUCUAGAAGGGCUGGUUUGCAUUUUGAAGUGGUGGCGGGUGGAGAGAUUUGGGUGAUAGAAAAGCAUUUUUGAGGAAUUGAUGCAGGACUAGUAGUUGUGCUGCCUGCUUUAGGAGUCCACUCUGCCUGUACAUUUGUAAAUAAACAAAUAUUACGAAAACACCAAA